GCCGGCUCUCGGGCAGUCCGGGGGAGGCUCUGCGAGGGGCCGGUUGCAUGCACGCUCCCGGGGAGCAGCCGCGGGGCGCUGGGGAAGAGGCGGCGAUGCUGGGCGCGUCGCGCGGAGCCUGCUGAGUGACUUGCCCUGGGGCAGUGGCCGUGCGCCCCGGGGAGCGCAGCAUGGCACCCGGAGCCUCCCCGCGCUAGUCUCUCUCGGGGAGCGCAGCCCGCCUAUGCGCUGCCCAGCGCGGCUCCUGAGCGGCUGGGCAGAGGGGCACCCCCGCGCGGCGCUGGGGCUCGACUGGCGGGGCCCGGGAGCAACCCCCGCGGCGGUGCCCGUGCGCUGAGCCAUGCUGCCCGGCGUGCAGGCGGGCAUAUGGGACAGCGCCUGAUCUGCUGCCUCGAUGCGCCCAGCGCCCUGCAGCCGCCGCCGCUCCUCCCGGUGAGAAGGAAACUCCUGCUGCUCUGCAUCAUGCUCUUCCUCUGGCUCUACAUGUUCUACUCGUGCGCCGGCUCCUGCGCCUCCGUGCCCGGCCUCGCGGGGAGGGGGGCUGGGGAGGCUGCCGCCACCGCUGGAGCGCACGGAGAGGGUCUCCAGGUGCUUUCCAAGUUGCUGCGCCGGGCGCCUUCCGGAGGAGCCAAGGGGCUGGCGGGUUCCGCCGCGGCUUCCCCCUCGGAGCCGCGAGAGGAGCAGAGCGCGGCGCCCGACCCCACCAGCCCCAUCUCCAGCUUCUUCAACGGCUCCGGCACCAAGAAGCUGCCGCAGGCCAUCAUCAUCGGGGUGAAGAAGGGCGGCACGCGGGCGCUGCUGGAGUUCCUGCGGGUGCACCCCGACAUCCGGGCCGUGGGGGCCGAGCCCCACUUCUUCGACCGCAACUACGAGCAGGGCUUCGCCUGGUACAGAGACCUGAUGCCCAGAACCCUGGAUGGACAGAUCACCAUGGAGAAAACCCCUAGCUACUUCGUCACCAAGGAAGCACCUGCUCGAAUCUCCGCCAUGUCAAAGGGCACCAAGCUCAUCGUGGUGGUGCGGGAUCCCGUGACCCGAGCCAUCUCCGAUUACACGCAGACUCUCUCGAAGAAGCCCGAUAUCCCCACCUUUGAGAGCCUGACCUUCAAAAACAGGACUACAGGCCUGAUCGACACCUCGUGGAGCGCCAUCCAGAUCGGCAUCUACGCCAAGCACCUGGAGAACUGGCUCCUCUACUUCCCCAUUGGGCAGAUCCUCUUCGUCAGCGGGGAGAGGCUGAUCAGCGACCCCGCCGGGGAGCUGGGCAGGGUCCAGGACUUUCUGGGCCUUAAGAGGAUCAUCACGGACAAACACUUCUACUUCAACAAAACCAAGGGCUUCCCCUGCCUGAAGAAAGCUGAAGGCAGCAGCAAACCCCACUGCCUGGGGAAAACGAAAGGCAGGACCCACCCCAAUAUAGACAGGGAGGUGGUGCAGAGACUGCGGGAGUUCUACAGGCCUUUCAACAUGAAGUUCUACCAGAUGACUGGGCACGACUUCGGCUGGGACUGAGGCUGGCACGACAGUGUCUCCUUGUAAUUACCCCAUGGUGCAGCUUGCUUCUAUAAAGAUAUGUGUGUGUAUGUAAAAUGUACAGAAAUCUAUUUUAUAAUAAUUUAUUUUUAAUUUUUAAGUAAUUAAUUCACUAAGCUGCCUAACCACACUGUCUAGAAUAUUAGCCCAUAACCUUUUUUUUUUUUAACAUUCCAUGGUGUUUAAUUCUAAUAUUGGUCUUUUUAUUUUGUUUGGUUUAUAAUUGACGGUGCUUCCAUUUAUCUAGAGGAAAUUAGUAUUAAAAAGGAAGAGGGGGGGAAAAGCACAAUUUUAUUUUCGUUACGGGUAUUAGGCCUUUAUAAACAUUUACUUGUCAUCUUCCAACUCUCUAGUAUCUGUCCCCCUACCUUUUGCAUGAGAUCUGUUGGCCCGUCAUCACGUUCCUUCCUGCCUUCUGAAUAACAGUAGGGGCGGGAGAGGCUGUGCUGCUUUUUGAAGCUCAGAUGCUUAUUCCCAACAUAGCAGCUGCUUUGCAGGGGCGUUAUAAUGUGCAAAAUCCAUCAGUAUCCACACUCCCCAGCCAUACUGCUGCUGGGAGACUUCUGCUUGCUUCUGUUUCCCCAAGUGUUGCUUGGUGCAUAAGGUGCUCCUUUGGAAAAGAGCACCAAUGGCAUGAGAUUUUGCUGCAAGGGGGGAGCAGUCUUAUCA